CUAUCGUUCUACAACCGGAGGGAAAAGCUGCAAAAUUCGUCUUAAACAAUUCUUUUUAGCUUAACUGCGCAUGCGUAAAUCUGUGGCAUUAGUGAUUUCUUUUGGAUAUCUUCAAUUAUCAUUCCUACAACUUCAUAUAAAAUUGCUUUAAAUGGAUAUUUCGAAUGGAUUACAUGAGUUUGGAAAGUUAUUAAAUUAUUUGUUGAAUAUGAAUUUUGUUCUGUUUUUCGGAUUUUGGUGUAUUAAAGAAAGUUUUGGCUCAAAUGAAUCAGGAAAUGAGGAAAAAUCUACAUUUCACAUGGAUUACAGCGACGAAAAACGAUUAGUCGAUAAAUUAAUGAGAGGAUACGAUAACAGUGUACGACCAGUCAAAAAUGCUUCAGAUGCAAUUGUUAUAAGACUUGGAAUAACUCUUACGCAAAUUUUUGAUUUGGAUGAAAAAAAUCAAGUUUUGACUACUAAUGUUUGGUUAGAUCAAGAAUGGAUGGAUGAUUAUUUAAGUUGGAACCCAACUGAAUACGGUAAUCUGACCAAGAUUCGCGUGCCUUGUGAAAAGAUAUGGCUUCCUGAUAUUGUUUUAUAUAACAACGCUGAUGACUACACGCGUGGAUACAUGAAUUCAAGAGCAAUGUUGGAACCAAGUGGAAAUGUGUUUUGGCCACCUCCCACGAAAUUAAGAAGUACGUGUCCCGUGGACGUUACAUAUUUUCCUUUUGAUGACCAAACUUGCAUAAUGAAAAUGGGGUCUUGGAUUUAUGAUGGUUUACAAGUGGACGUCAUGAACAGGACAUCAGAAGUGGACCUAUCAAAUUAUGUGCCAAACGGUGAGUGGGAGUUGUUAGAUGCCAGAAUAGUCAGGAACGUAGUGUACUAUUCGUGUUGUGUGGAACCUUUUCCAGAUGUUACGAUAACACUGGUGAUUCGGAGGAAGACAUUGUACUAUAUGUACAAUGUAGUGAUGCCCUGUAUGAUGAUGUCAGUGUUAACUCUUCUCGUCUUCUGCCUUCCACCAGAUUCCGGGGAGAAGAUAGCUCUUGGCGUAACUGUCCUGUUGGCGUUUUCUGUUUUUAUGUUGGCGAUCGCUGAAAAAAUGCCAGAGACAUCAGAAUCCAUUCCAUUGCUGGGCAUCUACCUGACGGUAGUGAUGGCCAUCACGUCCAUUUCUGUCGUAGUCACGGUUGUGGUGCUGAAUUUCCAUUAUCGUGGUCCCAGCAGAAAGGAGGUGCCCCCUUACCUCAGGCAACUAAUCCUCCAGAGAUUCGCCUCCUGUUCCUGCUUCAGGUCACCAACAAAAAAGAAAAACACUUACGAUACUGCGGGCAUUCAUCUGCCACCUGUUUUUAAGGGGGACACUUUCCGAAUGACUAUUGACAGCCUGCACGAAGAGCUAAAAGAGAUGAAUCCAGAGCUAUCCUGCAACGAAAGUAACAACAGCACAGACAUGUCUUCCAACAAGCGUCGAUCUCAUGGCAUUACAACUAAUAAGGGUCAAGCAAACGGUUCUUCACCAAUGGGUUCCAGCGGAGCUCCCGGAACUAAAAUUCAGGAAGAGAUCUUAAGAACACUUCAGUAUUUAUUAUACAGGCAGGAACAAGAAGACCAUCGAAUAAGAGUUGUCAACGAAUGGAGGCAGAUGGCGCUGGUCAUAGACAGAAUCCUCUUUUGGAUUUUCUUUGUUAUUACCGUGGUGUCUUCCUUAUCCUUCUUGGUGAUAGUGCCCUUGCAUCGACGGGGAUUACGAUUUACUUAAAACGUCACAUGGAUUUUAAAAGUAGAAAGAGCUGGCAGCUUUUAACAAAAAGUUGUAAUUUUCUAAGAAAACGUCCAAAAGUGAGAUACCUACUCGUUCGUUCUUUGCAAUAGAUGGUGCAAAGAUAAAUUAAGUUUCUUAUUAUUGGAUUCUCCGAUUAACAUAAAUUAAAGUGUUUUUAGAAAUGGUUCAAGAAAUCCGUGCUACUUAAUGCUGUUCAUUAGAUCAUUAAAAUAUCUUAAUCUAAUACUUUUUUCACGUGUUUAAAAAAAUACAAACAGAUACAUUCUUAGAAAUUUUGGAACGUGUUAAACCUUAUUACUGUGCAAAUUUGCUUAAAUUUAAAUUUGAUGUUAAGUUUAACUGUGUUAUCGUACUUGUAAUUCAUGCUGCGGUGAUCCAACUUAUAUGGAAACAUCGUUCUACUUAACAUUUUAUUAAGAUUUACUGCAAAUUUACCUCAUAUUAUGUUUCAUGAAAGUUGAAACGAUUUUUCUGGGAUAUAGAAAUAUUAUCUGGAUAUAUUACCAAUAGUUAAUAGUAAAUAACAAACAGAUUAAUUUCUUUCUUUCAAAUAGCUUAAAUCUGUGGACUAAUUCAAAAACAAUCAAUUUCUAGAUGUGAAGUUCUUUAAACAGAAUGUCUAUUUUAAUCCUGCAACCCUGAGGAAAUUAUCUGUUAGUUCAUCGUACCAUUGUCUUUUUUGUAUUUUAUGAUAGUAUUUGCAUCAUUAUAUAAAUUACGGUUACGUAAUAAAGUUUAUUGUUGAAUAAGUAUAGAUUUCUACGGCAACGUGUUCUAUUAGAUCAAAUAAAGAUAAAAACUUAAAUAUUUUCUUUAAAGUUUUUUUGGGUAGAUACAACGACAUUGAUUUACUUUUGAAUUAAACCACAGAAAUAAUUUUAGAUUCCUACAUGUUAAUCCAGAUGUACGAAUAUUGAAAUAUUAUGAGUACUAGCUAUCUUCAUUCUACUUACUCAUGUUUAAGCUAUCUCUUUAAUUAAGCUUUUACGAAAGAUGUUAUUUUAUUAUUUAUUAAAAGAUUACAAAAUAUACAUUUUUUAUAAUUUUAUGUCUACACCUUGUAAUAAAAAUUUAUUUUUAAUCUUUUCAGCUAGUACAAAACAAAGCAUAUAUCGUUUAAUAUUAUUUUAAUUGUUUUAUUUAUUAUUUCGCCACAUUAAAAUCUUUUUCGAGUUUUGUUAAAGGUGAAUUUUACAGAUGUUGUGUUGACUAAGCAACAAACUAUGCAUAUUACAAGUUUUACACCUCUAAAAAAUUCCAGAAAGGAUUCUGAAAAGGAAAUUAAAUAUUUUAAAUCGAAUCAUUGGACUUUCAUGCAUAGAUUUUUUUAAUUUUCAUUGAUAAGCUAGGUUGAUAUCGUAAAACAAAUUCAACGUUAACUACGACGAAAAAAAUUAUUUUUUUAUAAGGAAGUUUGCCUUUUCACAAGAAAUUCAAAAUUUUCUGGAAAUUUUAGAAUUGACCCUGCGAUUUUUAAGAAAUAUUGAAAUAAACAAUUGAACAGUAACUCUCACAUUAUAAUAGUAGAUCUUUGUUCUAUUUGAUAGCAGAAUAAAUUUAUUCAUCUAUCUGAAAAAAAAUUUUAGUCUUCAAUAAGCUCUUGUCAAAUUAAAGACAAGUAGAAAACAAUUGCAAAUAACACAAAACAGAGCGAACAUUGCCUCCCUGCUUUAGAGUACUUGACGGAAAGAAAAUAUUGUUUUACCAAGUGGUUUAAGGUGCUUAAAACAACUUAUACGAAAUGAUAUUUAAAUCAAGUAUAUACUGCGUAAAAUAAAUUAUUCUUGGGUUGCAACAGUUCGUUUU